AUGGCCGGGGCGGCUGCAGUUCGGGGCGGGGCGGUUGCCUCUGGAGGGUCCCCUUCUGAAAUGACUUCCUCUGUGCUGGGAUUUGAAAAAUCGGGGCCAUCCCGCGCCGCUGCUGAAGAUGUGUGGGCGCGUCUCCUUAAGAGUUGGCGUCGGGAGGACACCCCAAAGGGCUGCAACCAGCUAAGGGGAACGGGCGAAGAGGAUUUGAUUUUCUUCCAGCUGGACGUCGCCGCAGCGACAGCAUUUCGACAUUCCGUGCCGGAGACGAUCUUGCAGCGGCCUCUUAAACUGCAACAGGAAGGGCUCUCUAAUGGCGCUGGGUCAGCAACAGCGAUGGCACCAGGUGCCGCAGCAGGUGUGAACGGAACACCAGGAGGAUCAGCAGGAGCACCAGUUCGUCCUCCACCCAGCAUAGUGACUGCCUCUUCGCUGUGUGCAGCAGAGGCGGCGCGGGGAAACACCACUUUCCCGAUGGUUCGCCUUUACGGGGUAACCGCUGGGGGGCAGUCGGUUAUGUGCAACGUCCACGGCUUCUUCCCCUACUGCUAUUUCGAAUGCCCUGGGCCUCUGGCUGCAGCCAUGCGAGCUGCUGCUCCCGUCGCUGCGGCACCUGGUGGUUAUGGUGCUAGUGCUGCAGCGCAGGGCAGCUGCGGGUGGCAACAAAAUGCUGUCACCGAGGCACUUCGUACUACAAUAGACGUAUGCCAUUACUACUGCAGUUGA